AGGGUGCUGUCGAUGCCAAGCUUUAGGCUCAAGCCGCCCAAAGUUUUGCGGCAAUUUUGACUCCAUGGCUCGGCAAAGAGUUUGGCAAUCCAAGGGGUUUUACGUUGGGGGCAGCCAUGCGGCAACGGAGUAAACAGGCGGUUAAAGUUUAAUAUGGGAAUCUUGGUCGGAAGAUUGAAAUGGUCUGGGGUGCUGCCCAGUUUGCCUUGCCAGAAAGUUCAUUGAAAUCCAACAAUUGCGGUCAACACUGUGCCUGUCAAAAUUUAGGCCACUCCGUGCGAACUGGAGUCUAAUUUGGAAUGGAUGUAGACAAAUUUGGAAUGUAGAGAAUGUUGGAAUGAGAUGUAUUCCAUGCUGCAUCCCCUCAGGUCGGUUUCUUUUUUGUGACAUACGCUGCGCUGCCCUCAGUUGUCGGUAAGUAACCAUUUAUUGUUGAUUGCUGGUUUGGUUUCUUUUGUCUACUUCAGGCCCUGCUGGCCUUAUGUUCCAUGACAGGCCCUGUCUUUUUCCGAGAACUCUUGGGAUCAUGUGCACGAUGGACCUGCGCAUCCAUUGGUACAACCACAAACUGCUUGUUUUUGAACACUUUUCUUGUCGCAGUUGACUUUGGAAGGUGCCCCAGUGUUGCUUGGUCGCAUGUAGUGUCAGGUCACAGAUUCCUGCGCCGAAUUGCUGAAAUUGAAUUGUCGCAAACGUUGCAAACCCAAAUAGCAAUGGCCUCCAACCUAGCGCACCAUCCAACUCCAGAUACGGAUGGCGUUCCCUCUGAGGUUCCUUGGUCUAAGCGCUGCUCGGAGCAGCAAGGCUAGCUUGCUCGCAUUGAAGGCGGAUGCCAAAGACAAGACCAAAGCUCCGAAGAAGUUGGAUGAUGAUGAUGAACUCUUGUACUCGGAAGAAGACGAGUACGGUGACGAGUUCGAUGAGGACGAGGACUUCAUGGAGUUAGAUGGGCCUCCACCAGAGGUCCUGGACGGCUGGGAGAAGGACGAGAUAGCAAUGGCCCUGUUGGCAAACUUCCAAUCGGAGGAGUUUGAGGGCAAGAAAAUCAUGAGCUUUCGUGACGUGGCACAGUUGUUGGAAGUGCUAGGUCUUGAACGAGAAUCGUUUGUCAGCAUCUUCACCGGACAGGCAGAGGACGAGGAAGACUUUGACUUUGAGGAUGACUUCCUCGAUGAAGAGGAGUAUGCCCCUCGCGGCCGUGGUGGUGGUCGUGGCGGUGGCGGCCGUGGUGGCGGCGGUGGCCGCGGCCGCGGCGGCGGCGGUCAGGGACGAGGAGGGCGUGGACGACGGCCUUGAGGCCAUCCUUUGUAAUUCGUUCGGCACAGCGAAACCGUUGCGCGAGACGAAA